AAAAUAAAUAAUAAUAUUAAAUAUGCCAACCAUUUGGCAAUUAAAGUAAUGAAGUCAAAAACUGCCAAAUUAUUACCACACAGUAGUAUCUAUUUAUUUUAAAUUAAUAUAUUUUUCUUAUUAAAAACUGUUUUGUGUAAUCGCGUAGUGUAAAAAUGUCUUCUAAAUCUGAAAAAGACAAACAGAAACAAAUACAAGAUAGAUGUUUAUCGUUGCUGAACCAAAUGUUAAAAGAUGACGAUAACAAGUACUGUGUGGAUUGCGAUUCCAAAGGACCUAGAUGGGCUUCUUGGAAUUUGGGAAUAUUCCUGUGCAUAAGAUGUGCAGGUAUUCAUCGUAAUCUUGGGGUACACAUCAGCAAAGUAAAAUCUGUGAAUUUGGAUUCUUGGACACCCGAACAAGUAGUGAAUUUACAACAAAUGGGAAAUAGUCGAGCCAGAGCUGUGUAUGAAGCAAACCUACCAGAUAAUUUUAGACGCCCACAAACUGAUUCUGCAUUAGAGGCAUUCAUUCGUUCAAAGUAUGAGCACAAAAAGUACAUUGCCAAAGAAUGGGUGCCACCACCAUUACCUAAAGUUAAUUGGGAUAAAGAUUUAGAAGAAGAAGCUGAAAAACAAAAGAAGAAAAAGCGAGAGCCAAAACCUGGGUCAAUCAUGCGCAGUGUGCCUUCAAUUGUGCCAAAUCCAUUACCUAAACCUAUUUCUUUAAGCCCUAAGUUGUCAUCAAACAAGAAACCAAUUUCAACUGAUUCAAAUCAUUCCACAGAUCUUCUUGGUUUGGAUACUCCUACAAAAGAUUCAAAUCCUACAUUGAUAGAUACAUCCUUCACAUCUUCCAGCUCAGAUUCAACAGAUCCGUUCAGUAGUUUUUUAAGUGCAUCUGUUUCUUCUACUACAACUUCUUCUCCUCAAAUUCAACAAACUAUUGAUCCAAUGUUAGGCCGUUCCACUGAAGAGGAAAACUUUUUCAAUCAACCAACGACUGCUACAAAAAAUAAACUUACUACCGAUUCUAUUUUGGCAUUAUAUGGAAAAACAUCAUCCCCAAAUAACAUAGCCUCAAACCAAUAUACAAGUCAAAAUAACGGUUUUGUUCCUCCUCAGCCACAACAGCCAUUUUUCAAUGCUUUCAAUAACAAUGGAUUCCAAACUAUGCAACAAACACAAUCCAUCAAUAAUCUUUCUUCAACAAAUUCUAAUUUUACAUCAAAUCCAUUUUACAGUAUGGCUGCGAAAAAUGCACCAACUCAAUAUAUUAAUCAUGAGAACCCUGUAAUGAAAAAUAAUCAGUUUUCAACAUUUGAUUCUAUGAAUGAUGUAGUACAUUUGCCGCAACAAAUGACAAUGCUGAAUUUGGGACAUCCAAAAACAGUUCCGUCAACUGUAAACGGUUUUACAGAUCUUUCUAAUGGAUUUACAGACCUCUCUAACGGCUUUACAGACCUUGCCAAACCAUCACAGGCUGGUCAAACACUUUCACCUAAUUUAUGGCAGUAGUUACAGCUAGUUGAAUGUUCACAAUAAUUUUGUUAAAUUAACGUUUUAAAUUUAAUACAAGUGUAAUUGAAAUACCUUUUUAUAGGAAAAAUGUAUUUAUAAUUUUAACUUGUAAAUUAUGAGAUGAUAUAUUUACAUUUUAUGCGUAUUUAUAACACUCUGCUUUACCUAUAUAUUCAUGGAACCGUCCAAUAAAUUGAGCUCGGUAUGUAAAUAAAUGUAUCAAUGUAAACCAUGCUUAAAUGUUUAAAAUUAUCUACUGCUCUAUUUGAAAUAAAAAAAUUUACGAUUACUCUUUAA